AUGCAACGUUAUAAAAAGAAAAGAAAUGGGGCCCGGUAUUUUUCUCCAAUACUGUGACUAUAAAAGUUACAAGGUUCGUUCGGUUUGAUAACAGAAAUCAACAAAGCCAGCCCUUGGAUAAAUUUGUCUUGAUUUCCGAAGUUUGGCGCAAAUUCAUUGAGAACAAAUCGAGCUGUUAUAAACCAAGGUUUAUAACUGUCAAAACUGUUGUAAACCGGGACCAUAUCUGUCUACAGAUGAACAAUUGUUCCCAACGAAAGCAAGGUGUAGAUUUACACGGUACAUGCCCGAUAAACCGAACAAAUUUGGUAUAAAAAUUCUGGUUAGCUUCCGAUGUCGAAGGCAAAUAUAUAGUAAAUGGCAAAGUGGUUGUGUGA